UGGUCCGAUGGUCCAGCGACGACGGCCGGCAGGUCCACCGGCGCCACCGAGAAGUGCUCGAGCAGCGGUAACCUGAAGUAUCUUUCCGGUGAUGCACUGACGGACAGCCCGAACUGCAUCGGACCGAACAACGCACCUUACCCGGCCAGCAUGGUGGCCCGGACCUUCUCCAACUGGGGUCCGGGCGGUGGUGGUUCAUCGCGCCGUGGCCGCAUGAGCCAGCUGCCAACGCUCGAUCCCAAGAUUACGCAGCGGGCCCUACUGCAGGCGUACGGUGAUGCCAAUGAGGCCGCCGACCUCGAGACGGCCCGGACACGAUACAGUCGCUCACUGGACAGUAGCCAGUGCCGGGAUACGCCGUCGAGGCUCUGCAAGACGCGCUACAACACGACCGCCCCGAUGUACGGCGUCAGUCUCACUUCCGGCCAGCCGGUCACGAUCGUGCAGAAGUUCCCCGAUCUGCUGCAGCAAGUCGUCUUCGAGGUGUGCGAAUCGUCCGAGUGCGAUGUUGUGCGGGGUGAGUGCACGCAAACGUACGUACCGUAUCUGUUUCUGGUGAUCCCGCUGGGGCCGGUUACCCUUACCGGGCAGGACUACGUGCUGGUCGAGAGUGGUUGCGUCUGCAAGCCAAAGUAUGCCACCGAUAAACCACGGGAAGCCGGUGGUAACUUCAUCCCCUAGGAACUCCCUCGCCCCGAGGGAACCACCUUCAAGGACCGGUUGGCAAGACGAACGCCUGGAUAGGACCAACGUUAAGUCAACGGAAUUUAUUGUGGAAUCGAGCUGAUAGCUUGCUAGCGAAGGCCUAGGGCAGGCAGAGUUGAUCCCGUGUGUUCGGGAUGUUUUAAGUUAUUCUUCGAGGUGUCGACCGUUCGGUUCCUGCUGUUGGUCGAACGGGGCGCCAAACCUAAGCUGCACAAGCCCCUGCUGCGUUGGGGCGAGCAUUUUAAGGUGUAAUGUGAGUUAUUAAUAAUAGGAUUCGUAAGAGGCAAGAGGGGAGAGUAAAUGAUAAGACACAGAGCAGAACAGAGCAGAA